AUGGGUUCCGAAAAGCCGAGUCUCCUCAAGGGGACUGUCGACGCCGUCAAGGCUUGCCCUCGUGAGAUCUUCAAUUUCUGGCUCUUCUUCUGCACUGCAGUAUGGAGCUUUUCCGGCGUGGCCAAAGGGUUCGAUGAAGGGAAUAUCGCCUCCAUCGUUGUCAUGAAGAGCUUCAAGACGCGUUUUGUUCUCGACCACGAGACUGAUGACCAGUAUGCGAAUACAAAAGGUUGGAUCGUUGCAAUGGCAACAGCGGGUGCCGUUUUCGGCUGUCUUGCUUGUGUCAAUCUUGUCCAGAGGCUGGGAAGGAAGAAUACACUGCUUGUAUUCACAUUAGUCUAUAUUGCAGGUAUCUUUGGUCAGACUUUUAGUAGCGGAAGCCUCUCCGGCCUGUAUGCCAGCCGCUUCAUAGCGGGUCUUGGAAUCGGCACGACUACCGUGAUCCCAUCCAUCUAUCUGACUGAGAUCGCUCCACGAAGUAUUCGAGGGUUGAUUACUCUACAAUAUGCUUGUUGCCAGCAACUGGGGGUUGUCUUUGGCUUCUUCUUUAACUAUGGUAUCACCAAGCAUAACGCUGGCACACAGCUUCAGUGGCAGCUUCCCACUGCACUGCAACUUAUACCUGCCGUCAUAUGGGGAGUUGGCCUUCUGUUCACACCAGAGUCUCCUCGAUACCUACUUUCCAAGAACAAGCGCACCGAAGCGUUGAAGGUUCUUUGCGAUCUGAGAAAUCUUCCCGAAGAUCAUCCAUAUAUUCAGGAAGAGUUCGCCGGGAUCGAGUGGCAACUCAACGCAGAGAUUGAAGCUGUUAGUGGAGCCAGCGUCUGGGAUUUAACCAAGGAAACAUUCACGGUUACCGAGAACCGUCGCCGAUUCGUGCUGAUGUUCCUCUGCCAUAUGUUCGGUCAGUGGUCUGGCGCAAAUGCCAUCACGCAAUACUCUCCCACCAUUUUCGGUUACCUUGGCAUCGCUGGCGAGGAAUCACGCUUCCUUGCAACCGGUCUUUAUGGAAUUGUCAAAUUCGUUUCAGUGCUGAUCUUCUCCAUCUUCAUCAUCGACUUCAUUGGCCGACGACGCUCGCUCAUCACUGGAAUCUGCCUUCAGAUUGUGACGUUGACCUACGUUGGAGCUUACCUCGGAGUAACGAACAAGAUGUCGACCGCAGACAUCGAAGCGAGCUCGAGCGCAACAGCUGCAAGUAAGGCCUCGAUCGUUGCGAUUUUCCUCCAUGCUGUGGCUUGGUCAAUCGGGUGGUUUUCGAUCCCAUACCUAGUAUCCGCCGAAGUAUUCCCGAUCCGUAUCCGCUCGCUCAAUGUUUCAAUCCUCAUGGCUUUCCACUGGGCCUUCUACUUUGGCUGCUCGCGUGCCAUGCCAAGUCUACUUGCCGCGACCCAUCGGUUUGGCGCCUUCGCUUUUUUUGCCAGCAUUUGUACCUGUUCCUUGAUUUAUGUGUUCUUUGCCUUGCCCGAAACAGCGGGAAGGUCCUUGGAAAGUAUGGACAGGCUGUUCGAGCGGCCUUGGUACACGGUCCGACAGGUUGCGUACCCAACAGCAGCAGACUUGGCCGAUGGAGGUCUUGGUGAUGUCGAGAGGAAGAUCACUGACGAAGACCUUAACAAAGUGACCGAGGUUCGAAUCGAGUCACAGACAAGCAAGAAUCACUGA